CAUGGCUCCUAAAUAUGCAUUAUGGGGUUAUUUAACCUACAAAGCGGAUGUUUAUAGUUUUGGAGUUGUUGCAUUGGAAAUUGUUGCUGGGAAGAACAACAUGAAAUAUCGACCAAAUGAGAAAUUUGUAUGCCUCUUGGAUUGGGCAACCGUUUUACAAAAGAAAGGGGAUUUGAUGGAGUUGGUAGAUCCAAAAUUGGGGUCUGAGUUCAGUAAGGAAGAGGUACUUAGAAUGAUAAAAGUAGCUUUAUUAUGCACUAAUCCAUCACCAGCCCUUAGGCCCACCAUGACUGCCGUAGUGAGUAUGCUUGAAGGCAAGACAGUUGUUGAUGAAAUGGCCAGGGAUCCAGAUAUUUAUGGCGAUGAAUGGAGGUUUGAAGCCUUAAGAGACCAAUUUGGUCAGAGCCUACAACUAAACUCAGUUGAAGGUCAGAGCCUCGUUCAGUCAGCAAAUCCAACAUGGAUUGGCUCUUCUUCUACAUCUCCCUUCCACUUCACACUCCACUCCACACUCCACUCCACUCCAGAAUCUUCCACACACUUCAAACCCCUCUCAUCCCUUAAGCCGGCUCAAGGUUUGAGAUAUUUUGAUCUUAUUCUUAAGAGUGUGUAUAUAUGGAUUACCUAUGUCAUAUCAGGUAUAACUUGA